AUGGCGCGAUUAGCGAAUAAGAAAAACCUUGUUCGUUUGGAUAUGCAUUUUGGACGCAGUGACCGUGAAGAAGGUGAGCAGAGAGAAAUGGAUGAAGAAAUAUUGAAUGCCUUUGAACCACAUCCAAAUUUGGAGAGGUUACUUGUCUUUGGUUACCAGGGUAACACCCUGUUUCUCAAAUGGAUGUUGUCAUUGCAUAACUUGAGAUGGCUUGAAGUUGUAAGGCUUCCAUUCUGUAAGUUUCUGGCUCCUCUUGGGAAGUUGCCGUGCCUUGAAUAUUUUAAAAUGGAUGGAAUGAAGAGUUUGAAAAAGGUGGGAGUGGAGUUUCUGGGUUUAAAUGAAACAACGCAGCAAACAAAAACAAUACUAUCAUUCCCAAAAUUGAAAACACUCGUAUUCAAAGGCAUGGGGGAGUGGGAAGAGUGGGAAGGAGUGGAAGGGUGGAGGGAAGAUGAUGAUUCUGAAAUCACGAUAAUGCCAUCUCUUUCGCACUUGUGGAUCAUGCGCUGUCCUCAGCUGAAAACACUACCAGACUUCCUGUGGAAGACACCACUGCACAACUUGACCGUCUCUAGUUGUUCGCUUCUCCAAGGUUGGGAAGAAGGAAGACGCAGGGAGUCGGACCAGGUGUCUCACAUCCCAAACAUUAAAAUUGAUGAUCAGUUUGUACGAAAAGACGGAGUUUGGAUGGAUCAGCCAGACACAACAGAGAAUCCAUGA